CCCCCUUCCCUCCUUCCCGCCCCCUUCAUUUCCUCAAUCCUGCUCCAACUGUCAGGAGGAGCAGACGCUCCGCUGUGAUCGGAGGAUAAACUGGAACAUGAAGCUUCAAGCCCAGAUGCAUCCCUCUGCUCUGUGACGCCAUGGACUGACAGACAAAUGCUGCAGGGGGAUCCACAAUGAAUGCUGAUCUGCUUCUGCAGGAGACGCUGAUCAAGCGUUCGCAGCAGAAGAAAAGGACAUCACCACUGAACUACAAGGAACGAGUGUUUGUCCUCACCAAGACCAGGCUGACAUACUAUGAAGGAAAACCAGAGAAGAAGUUCAAGAGGGGCUAUGUUGAGCUGAGCCGCAUCAAAUGUGUGGAGAUCGUGAAGAAUGGAGGCGGGAUCAUCCCCUGCCGGAACAAGUACCCCUUUCAGGUGGUGUACGAUACCAACACCCUGUAUGUUUUUGCUCCGAGUCAGAGAAGCAGAACUCUGUGGGUCCUGAUGCUUAAAAACGAGAUCCAAAACAACGCAGGAGUGCUGAUGAAGUUUCACCCCCAGUUCUGGCUGGAGGGCCUGUGGCUCUGCUGUCGCCAGGCAGAAAAACAGGCCAUGGGCUGCGAGGAGUACAAUCUGUUUGGAGACAUCACCAGGAAACCUUUGCCUCCACUUCCUGUGGAGGGAAAUAAUCGCCGGCAUCGUCCUCCUCCCAUCCCACAGGACGGGGAUGAUAUAGACGAUGAUGACGACGAUGAUGACGACGAGGAGGAGGACAAGGAGGAAGAGGAGGUUGUGGUGGCCCUGUACGAUUUUCCAGGAUUGGAGCCGCACGACCUGAAACUGGUCAGGGGGGGCGAGUACGUCCUUCUGGAGAGGUGUGACGCCAACUGGUACAAGGCCCGCAAUGAGUACGGGGAGGAAGGCUAUAUCCCAAGCAACUAUGUAACGGAGAAGAGGUCCGGGAACCUGGUGCAGUACGCAUGGUUCAGUAAAGAUGUCAAUAGGAACAUGGCUGAGGAGCUGCUGAGGAAAGAGGAUAAAGAAGGCGCCUUCAUUGUCAGAGACUCAAGCCAUCCCUCAACCUACACCGUGUCUCUUUACACCAAAGCUGGAUCAGGGGAGGGACGUCCAAUUAUUAAACAUUAUCACAUCAAGCAGACCCGAGGCCCGCCCAGACAGUAUUACCUGGCUGAGAAACACCUGUUCAACUCCAUCCCUGAACUCAUUGAGUACCACAAACACAAUGGAGCAGGUCUUGCAGCCAGGUUGAGGUAUCCUGUAGGCAAGCAGGACAAGUCGGCUCCGUCAACAGCAGGCUUCAGCUACGAGAUGUGGGAGAUCAACCCAAGCGAGCUAACCUUCAUGAAGGAACUGGGCAGCGGUCAAUACGGCCAAGUGAGGCUCGGCAUGUGGAGAGCUCAGCAUAAAGUGGCCAUAAAGGCCAUCAAGGAGGGAGCCAUGUAUGAGGAGGACUUCAUUGAGGAGGCCAGACUCAUGAUGAAGCUGUCCCAUCCCAAGCUAGUGCAGCUGUAUGGUGUAUGCAGCCAGCAGAGGCCCAUCUACAUCGUCACCGAGUUCAUGCAGCAAGGCUGUCUGGUGAACUUUCUCAGGCAGAGGCGAGGCAGCUUCAGCUUGGGGUCCUUGCUGAGUAUGUGCCUUGACGUCUGCGAGGGCAUGGAGUACCUGGAGGCGAACAGCUACAUCCACAGAGACCUGGCUGCCAGGAACUGUCUGGUGAAUGACGCUCUGGUGGUAAAGGUAUCAGACUUUGGCAUGGCCAGGUACGUCUUGGAUAACCAGUACACCAGCACAAAAGGCGCCAAGUUUCCCGUGAAGUGGUCUCCUCCUGAGGUCUUUAACUACUGCAAAUUCAGCAGCAAAUCAGACGUCUGGUCGUUUGGUGUGUUGAUGUGGGAGGUGUUCACAGAGGGCCAGAUGCCGUUUGAUCAGAGUCCCAAUCAUGAAGUGGUAACCAUGGUUACCAGUGGCCAUCGACUAUACAAGCCAAAAAUGGCCACGCCUGCCUUGUAUGACAUCAUGCAGCUCUGUUGGAACAACAGACCAGAGGAGCGGCCGUCCUUCUCUCAGCUUUGUCUGAUGCUCUCCGACGUUUUGGAGGACGACAUUCUUCCCUCCACCUGAUAAUGCAGACUCCUCCUUGCUAAAGCAAAGUGACCGCUCCACGUGUUCGUCAGAUAAAAGCCAUUUCCGAAGGCACCGGUGAUGGAUUUAAACCACAAAAAGGAAGGCGAGUGUUCUGCAAAGUAUUGCUGCUUAAGACAUCAGAAACUGUCUGCUGACCACAUCUGCUUUUCAGCUGCAUAAACUGACAGCCUUCAGUAAAAACUCACAGGCUCUCUCAGAGGAGACGUUGACUGUAAAACCUGAAUCAUUUCAGCUUUCAUUUUUGAUUUUUUUUUUUUUUUUAAUGAAGUUCUCCUUAUCUUGCCUGCCCAGUAAAGACGUGGAGCUUUGGUGAAUUUUACCUGCAGAACGGCAGCUUUUCAUUGAAAUCCAACACUUCCUUAACUAAGUUUGGGGUAAAAGGAAAUCUAUAUGUGAAAAUAAUUCUGCCAUUUAGAGGGAGCUCAGCUUAGAGCUUCAAAUAAAUUAAAUUCCCAUCAUCUUAAAUGUUAUUGAAUACAAUAAAAAUGUUCACUCAAUGAUAUUCUGUGAUCAUUUUGAUAUUGAGCUUGACAACUCAAAAUAUUUGAGUCAACAUCAAACUUAAGUAUUUGAAUGUAGUGGAGACUUGUGCAGAUCAGUGUGACCUCCUUGACUGACUCUUGAUAAAUGAUUGUGACCAGAUGACAACAGGUAGCUGUGAAUAUUAAUGGUUUGUUCAGUACUUUAAAAGCAAAACUAAGAAUACACCAAAGCUCACUGUUUGACCCACAUUCAGUGCUGUUGUUCUGGAUCUAAUUUUCUUUUUAUACAUGUUUAAAAUAUCAAGAAUGUAUUUUUUGGAAGCUCCCUGAAAAUUGAUGGUUUACAAUUUUAUUUCUAAGCUGCAACAAUUUCAAGUGUUAAGAUAAUUUCAUGAUAUGUUCAUAUAACAAAGGCACAUACACAAUUACAGCUCAAGUGACUAUAAAACCUGUAGACCUAAAACGGUUCAUUUGGUUUUACAUUUGUAAAAAAAAAUUGUAUCUAUAAUGCAAAAUUAAAUAAAGACUAUUUCUAUGCUGGA